UACUUGUCAAAAAUCGAGCAAUGAGAUAAAAACUGAAAUGCGUUAACAAUGUAAGUUAUAUAUCGUUUUGAUAUUUUACAGAAAAAAUUACAAAAUCGUUUUGUCAAGUUUGUCAAGUUACAAACAAUGCACUGGAGUUAUAGAUACUAAGAUAAUCAGAGAUACAGCAAAUAUUUUCCUCACUUGACAAAAAAUCAUAGUACUAUAAAUAGCUCAAUCUUCUGAAAUUUCAUAAAGUUGUAGGAUCUAAAUGGAAAAAGAAAUAUCGACAAAAAUAUUAAACAAAUCCUUAGAGCUGUUCUCCAUAACCACAAGUUAAAAAACAGAAUUCAAUAAUGUAAAUUGAAGUAUUGCAAAUGAAAUAUUGUGUUAACAUAACGUUGAUCUUUAAUGAAUUAACAUAAAACUUAUAAACAAACUUUUUUUUAUUUUUUAUUUUUGAAUUGUUAUUCUUAAGGAAAAUGUAUUCCUACGGUUUAUUUAAAUAUUGUGAAUCGGAUAAAAAACGAAGUCUUGUAUAAAAAGAAGCGUAUUUAACGUUUUCCAAUUAUUUUUGCACAAAAACUUAUCAUGUUACCAAUAUCUAACAAUCCAUGAAGUCUUGAAACGUAAAGAUCUUUCAGAUAGAAGCUUCACCAACGUAUAAAAGGCAUUACUAUAACCUUUUACUCGCAUAAGAAUUACCAUAGGCGUUUCUAUCACUUCUAAAACUCUCAAACAAUUGUCAAAGAUCUUUACUUUUCAAGACUUUCUAACUCCAAUCUUAUACCUCAAAACGCAAGAUCUAAAACGAAAUCUCAAUCUUCUUAAAGCAUAAAAUAUCCAAUUAUUAAUAUAAUUUUCAAUUUCCUAAAAUAUCUAUCCACUCGAAAUGUUAGAUCUGUGGAAGUCUAAAUUUCCAAAAUUUCACAGAAGCCUACGAAGACCUGAUACGAAGAACGAACAACCCAUCACCAGACGUUUCGAAGCUUCCUACCCUCAAGACCAGCCUACCUUCCAAAUCUCGCAAUUCACCUUACUAUUGUUCUCGAAAAAACAAAAAGAAAAACGAAAAAAGGAAGAAAUUCCGUUUUCAACGUCAUUGGCUUGCGAGUUCAACGAGCCUACCGAGAGCCAUCGAAUCGAGAGAGCGUAGUCGAACUGAACCGUAGCGAUGACACAGUGUAGACAGACACACACACCUAGCUAAAACUAAAACACUUCCGUUUCCGGUUUCAAGGAUCGAACGCAAUUACUUAAGGAAAAGAAAUAAACAAAAAAAAUUACAAAGAAAAAAAAUAAAAAAAUUAUAACGAUCGAUAAUGAAACAUGCGACUGUCCAAUGCCAAGUAGAAUGCUAAGCUUCGUUAGACAGUACACUGGCAAGCGUUUCUCGGUGAUCUCUACAAGGUGACACGCAAGACUGGCUCUUUAAAUCGCUGGUGUCUCGUAGAUUCCGUAUAGGUAGAUGUUCAUAUUCAAUGAUUUUGUUUAAGUAAUCACAUGUUAUAUACACACGCGCGUAAGUGAUUGAAACAACGAAGCCGAAGAUAUUAAAGUUCGUAAUCGCAGAUCAAUCGACAUGUCGAUCGCCUUGUAGAUCUCGUUAGGGAUGACUCUGAUAGAUUAGCCACUGUGUCUUAUCAUGUUCCUCUUUUUCUCGAUCUUUUCACUUGUUUAGAAAGUUUAUACCCUUUUAUGGUGUAAUAAAACGAUGAAUAUUGAAGAAACGACCUAAUCCUUUCAUACGGAAUAUUAAAUAAUAGUAAGGAUUUAUAGUACACAGAAAUUUGUUAGAAGAAAGAAGAUAAAUAGGUUGAAUGCAGCAAUUUUCGAAGUGGAAUUUAUACAAUUGAAUUUGGAUCAAGAAAUAUAAUAUACUUAAAUUUGUUUGAAAAAAGGGAAGAAGUAUAGAUUAAAUAAUUUUCAAAACAGAAUUUAAUUACAUUCGUCAUAUAGUAAUGGUUGUUAAAUAUAAUAACUUAAUUUCAGUUUAUAGCAGUAAUGAAAGUUUAAUAAUUAAUGUCGUGAAAAAUAUUCACAUAUUUUUAUAAACGAAACGACAAAAUCUACCAGUGUCCAAAGUUCCAAUUAAAUCGCUCGAUGCUUCUGCACUUUCCUUGAUAAUACUAUUUAUAACAGGAUUGUAUGCAUAAGAAAGAUGAAGCAAUUUUAUUGUGUGUAAGAAAACUAGUUUCUAUCGAAGGCUUAGGUUCAGUGGUUUUAAUUGUACUAUGUCCAACCCGAAGAUUAUACUAAUUAGAAAAAAUUAACAGUUCCGUAAUUCUAGUUAAAAAUAGAUAUUUCUUGCUUCUUCAUUUUAUGCAUCGUGUGUUGUAAUAACUUUCGGUGGUGACAGAAAAAAUUACAACAAUCCAAUAAUCUUUGUAAAAAUUAUCUCGAGACAUGUGGUUUUCUUAAUCUCGAAGCAAUUAAAGAUUAAAAAAUGAUCCCUUUUCCACAUUCUGAAUUACAGUAGAAUUCUAAUACUGCAACCUUCGAGAUAUUUAAUUAUCAAAUAUGCCGGAUCGUUGACUUAUGUCUAGAUAAUGUGAGAAAUAUGAUAAAAAUAAUUUGAAAAGAGAAAAUAAGAAAGUUUCAAUUCUUUAGAAUAAUCUUUAUCUUUCUUAAAAUAUGCUAUUGGAUUAGUUCCGACAAAAAAUAACAUAAAUUGGUCUAGGCUUAAUAGUAAUUAAUUUAAUACACUUACGUCUAUAUAAUACGAUGAAAACGAAAAAAAAAUGAUGUCUAAAACAGCUAUAAAAAAAUUUGCAAUACAGAUAAUGGAAAAUGUCAAUCUUUCUGCAGUAAUCUUUGUUCUAUCUUUUUGAGAAAUAUGUUAAUAUAUUAGUAAGAUUUUUCCUACGAAGAUAAGGCCAAAACCCAACAAUAAAAAUCUUAACAGCGAUCAAUUAAAAAAAUCUUGAAUAAUUUUAACACCCUUGCUCGAUCGAAUGUUAAACUAUCGUGAGCGUCAAGCCAACAUUAAAAUUCCACUAUAUUUAUAUUUAUCAUAUCAGAUGCAAAAACAUCUAAUUUUAGCCAUGUACAUACAUAUAAUAAAAUUCUAAUAUUUGCUUAUCCCCUCUCCAAUUAUUUAUUUAUGACUAAUACGUAUCAAGUCAGGAACUUUGUCCAAUUUUCGUAUUACACCAUGAAAAGGUCUAAUUCAUAGAAAUUCCGAUAGGAAUUGAUUUGAACGUAGUGAUCAUCGUUAAAUCGAUCCAGCGGUGUGCCACCGUGUAGAAAUCAUUUUAGUCGCUCGAGAAACCUGCGUAUAGUAGCGCCUUGUAAAGAAACAAACAAACGGAUAUAUAAACAGUAAAAAAAGAAUAAAAAAGAACACGAGAGAAAGAAUGGAUGCGCGACGAGCGACUGAAAACGAGCGAAAGAGGAUCGUGCAUGUGAGCGGAAUUGAGAAAAUGCGAGAGCGAGAGAGAAACAAAUAUAAAACAUUACCCUAGCGUCAAUUUUCUACGAAAAGAGUUUUCUACAAAAUUCACACCAUAAGCGUGCAUCUGGUCGCAUCGCGCUUAUCGUAUGAAUCUAUGUAUGUAUGCUACACGCAAGCGCUGGUACGAAUCUCUUGACGUUUUUCUAAUUAGAACAUCGUUCGCUAAGUUUGUUACACAAAGAAAAAGAAAAAUAAAUAAAUAACGUUUUCGCGGAAUGAUCGAUCACGAACAUCGAUAUCGGUUUGUUCGAUGUAAAAACCGACGAGAACGUGAAAUUAAGAGAGAGAGAAGGAGAGAGAGAGAGAAGAGUUGAGAGAAAGCGAGCGAAAGAGCGAGAGAGAGAGAGAGAGAGAAAGAGUGCAGCCCCAUAAAAAAAAAAGCAAGCAUAGUAGCGGAUAUAAAAAUUAAGAGCUCAUAUAGGUGCUUGUUCGAGACGCACUAAAUAAUUGUAAAAGCGAAUAAUAUGGAAUCAGAUAAAAAAAAAGAAAAAAAAUGAAGAUGAAGCAAUUACGAACUAUCGUUCAAUUAUUGAGUUCCGUAUCGGUGUUUAACUUUUCGCACUCGACCAUCUCCAUUCGUAUCCUUCAUCUCUGAAUUUUCACUUUACAAACGAACCGAAAUCUAUAAGUAGCGAUUAAUAAUUACUUCUCUAUGUACGAACGUUCGAAAUCCAGUUUCCACUAAUAGAAAAUAUGAAACUACCUAAUAUAUGAAUAUUUGAAUCGAGUGCGCAAAGAAUUAAAAAUCGAUCGAGAUAUUCCUAUCGCUCCGGGAAGGAUAUAGAAUUCUAAUCGUUUGAAAAUGAGAAGUAGAGUGAUUAUUAUAAAAACGUGUUCGAGCAAAAGCGACGUUUGCGGUUAAUAAGAGUUAACAUGUAUAUUUUCGUUCCAUUGUAAUUCCGUCGUCCGAUGAAGCCCAAUGGUGUAGUAUCGUUGUAGAUAAAUUAAUGCCAAAAAUGAAUGUUUGCGACUUGAUCUGGAUUAUAUGUUCUAGACCUGUCGAUUUCAGUUCCGUCAAGCCUCGUUUAGAUUAGACAAAUGAACUAUAUUCGAGUAAUUUAUGAUCCCUUACAACUGAGAAAUAUCCUUUUAUCGCGUUGACUGCCACAGUAAUUACAAAUAUCUGGUUUCUUGUGGUCGGAACUGCCUUAUUUUUCAAUAGGAUAGCGACAAGCUAUAGAAUUAUAUGUUUAAGCGUUAAUGAAUGAAUUUUUUCCCUAAAAAACAUAUUUUUUCACUGUUCUUUGCUGAGAAGCACCAUAUGAUUCACACGGCCCAUAUAGCUGGAAUUUUUCACGGCGAGCAACGUGUUAUGUUCCUAUAUUUGUUUUAUUUGAAUUUAAAUACUCUUUCAAGUUUCUACGUUUGUUCUCAGUAGCUAACGAUAAUACACUUCGCUCUUAUUUGGUUACGUUCAAGUAGUUAUUUUACUAAUAUUUAUUACUUUAAUUGAUUUGAAAUAUCCUUUUAGGUUUUUUCGUGAACCUAAGAUUAAAGAGGAUCUCGUAAUCGUCUCUUGAUUUGAAACAAAUAACAGUGAUUAAGAUGUUGGUUCCUCAAACUAAGUCGAUUUUAGUAUGUCAUUUUAGGUAUCUAGUUGAAGUCAGGUUGCUUGAACUCGAACGAUUUCUAAUUAAGUAACUUGACUUAUAAUCGUGACAAAUAUGUGUCCAGUUAUUUGAGUUCAAGUAGUCUGAUUAAUCUGAACGAGACUUUAGAAACAAGUUGCCUGAUCGGUAUUUACUGUAUAUAAUAACUCUCUAGUCGCAAGAUAUAAAUUUUCUUUGGUUUUGCAACCUUAGAAAUAGUGAGAAAAAAGAUAUUAAGCAAAUGUCUGGAAUUCUCUUUUAAAACCACGACGUUAACAAUGAACAAAUUUUAAUAACAGGAAUACUCUGAUAAAGAAUCGCAAGUGAAAUGUAACGUGUUGAUAAGGUAACGUUGGUCCUGAUAAUAAGUGAACUUUAAACGAAAUCAUAGCUGGUGAGAAAAAUCGAUGGACUUUUACUCUAGGAAAUAUUUAUAAAGUUCCAUUGCAAAUAAACCAGUUAAUCCAACCUUUAGCGAGUUAUUGCAAAACGAUCGAAAAGUAAUAACUGGAGAGUUCUCAGAGAGAAACCUCAGUUCGAUUCUCAAAAUUUCGUUCGAACCGCUACACCAUUGUUCGCAAAAGUGAUCCAACCACCUCCCCAUGGAACGAAUAUAAUUGUGUUUUGCGAUUACGAUGAAACAAAAAAAAAAAAAGAAUAAAAGAUAUACGUGUAUUCACGUACAUGUAAGUGUAUAUGCGCGCGUGCGUACGACAAAGAUGAAUUUCGUUUAAGCCAGCUCGUGGCUCGAGCAAGUAAAAAUAUGUUUAAAACUGACGAAACGAAGAAGGGGUUUAAGGGAAAUAGACAGGGUUAGGGUUUUGAUCGAAAUAAUCUUACCAUCCGCAAUUUGAUGUCUACACAUACACACGUACACUGAUGAAAGUUUUCGUGUUCGUUAUAGCGGUGUAAACAAAUGGAAAGAGGCAGGAAAGGAUAGAAAAACGUGAAAAGGUGGAUGAUUUUCGUCACGACCACAUCAAUCAUAAUUAGAAAACGUUUGGUCGAGAAAUAAGAUGAAUUAAGAAAUAAUACUAAUAAUACGUAUGAAGAGACUCUAUCGCGAAGGAAUAGGUACAUCGUACUUCUUGCGACAUAUACACGUAUACUUCUUCUUGUUUCCGGUUCUCUAGCCUGCGAUUAAAUAUAUUUUAUUAAAGAAUAAAUAAGAGAUAAAAACGUUGCAGAUAAUCGAAUAACGAGCAUAAAGUGUAAUGAUGCAUGCAAAAUAGAGAGUAAAAAGAAAACAAUUAGUGGCCACGGAUUAUAAGGCGUAAUUGAAUUUAAAACGCGAAACGAGUUAAACUACCACAGCAGCAAAAGAACAAGAACAACUAUUAAAACUAAAGAAACAAGCAAAAUAAAAAAGGAAAAAAAAUGAAGAAUAUGAAGCAGAUUAGUUCUUUUUCUAACGAGCGAAUCGUUUUUUAAGUGACACGUAGCUGGCUAAUUAGUGGUUACAUAACUGGCCAAUAUACUUUUAUAAACUGUACGGAAAAUGGAAAAAAACAGAAACUAUUAAGUAUUCACGCGCGUUUAGACAUCAGCACUUUUAAAAUAUACUUGCCAUAACGAAUGCCUUAGCAAACAAACAAAAAAUUAUAAAAAAUAAAAUAUAAAACGUUAACUGUACAUUGAGGUACGACGACGAGGAAUGAAUAUAUAAGUAUAAUAAGUAUACAUACGAUGAUCAUAUACAUACAUAAAUACAUACAAACAAACAUAAAAGGAUAAAUACAAGGAAUAAAUUAAAUAAACGAGACAGAAGAGCCAAUGCACACAUCAUUAGAGGAAAAGGAACUAAGAUGAAUAUACGUACACACAUAUACAAUAUAUAUCUUUACUUUCGAAACCCUGUAUUUGUAUAAAAUGUAUUCGCGAACGUUGCUCCUUGUAUAUUUUAUACAUUUUACAGUUAUCGUUUUAAAAGAAAAAAGAUAAGCAGAGCAAAAUGAUUAUAACGAUUUAAAUUAACAAAGUAAAUGCAGAAAAAUACAUAUACUUGCAUACAUACAUACACGGGAAAAAGGAAACAGUGUACAUGAAACCUCUCAGAAGCGCACUAAUAUAAAAGAAAAAAAAGUAUAAGAGAUGAUUGAUGCAAAGUGAGAAUAUAUUAUUAAAUGUAUUUAGAUUAAGAUUGAAUUAUUAGGAAGGACGAGAGAAAAAAGAAAUAACAGAAGAAAAUUAAAAUACGAUCAUUAAUCGUGUACAUAAACAUCGUUGGCAAUAUUCGACUUCGCCCGUCCAUUUAGUUUCUAGACCACACGUCUCUACGAAUUGUUCCUUUCGAGCCAGCAUCGAAUAGGUCAGAAACGAUUGAAGAUAAUUUGCGCCUGUAAUUCUUGUUAAUCUAUCGUUAAACACGUUGACAUAAUUUAGUCGAAGUGUUUUUCUUCUCGAACAGAGAAUAAUUAUAAUAUUUUAAAAUAUAUCAUUGUUUAUGUUUACGAUAUAGUUCCAAGUACUCCAAGUUUUCAUUCAUUUUCUUCUUCAUCGUUCAUCCUCAUCCGUUAUUAUCAUCAUCAUUAUCGUUUAUCAUUUUCAUCUUUGUCUUUCUGCAUUUUCUUUAACAACCUCCAUUUCAAUUUCACCGCCAUACCUCUUUGAAAUGAUCGAAUUUUGUACGUGUGGCGUUAAGCACGCGCGCGCGCGCGCACGUGGUUAUAGCGAUACAAUAACAUUCAAUCAAAAUGAAUUUACGAAUAAAAUCUGACGACACCGUACAGAAUAUGUAAUGCUAAAUGGUAACCAUUGUCUUAUGGUUUAGUCUAUUGUUUGCUUGUUUGUUUUAUUACUUUAGAAUCUUUUUUAUCAUCCUUCUGUUAGUUAUUAAUUUCUUUCUUAUCCUUAAUUUCAUCGUUGCAAUGUAAUCGCUUCAUUGCAAUUUAUAAAUAAAUUUAUUACCUGUUUCUUAUGUUUUUACCUAUUUCUAACUCAUCUGUUUUCAUUUCUUUUUUGAUUCGAGAAAGAGGAAAGUAUGUGAAAUAUAUUUAGUAAUUUACGUUAGCUUUAAAUUUAUAUUAAAAUAUAUAGUAAUUAGUUAUUCCUCCACUGUAUGCCUUUCGAAUAACCGAACUGUUUAAGACUUAUGUUUUUAAUUGCUAACGAAGGGUAUUAUUCCUACUGAAUAAUUGUACAAUAUACGAACAUCUUUACACGCAUUUCAAGUACUCACAUUCUGUACAAAAAUUUAUAACUACUAAGUAAUAAACAAAUUUCGGCAAUGAGUUAAUUAAACUUAUGGUUCAUUUCAUGUUUAUUUCUUUCAUAGAGUAAUUAGCUGAAUUUGUAGAUAGGCAUUUUUUUAAAUCUGUAUACAGUAGUGUAGAAAUUUAAAGUUCGACUAUCAAUUGGUAUCGAGUCGUUCGAAUCUUCUAUAUGACAAUGUUAAAUGAAAACAAUGAUGGUUCAAGCAGUUCUGAAGAUGAAAUAUCAAAAGCUGCAUUAAAAGAAGCGACGGAUCACCAAUUUCUGAAGGUCACCUAUUUUUCCAAUGAAAAAUUUCAAAACUCAGACGUUUCUACGAAAACGGAUGAACACAAUGAUUCAUUAGAAAAUAAUAAUGUAAAAAAUCCCGUGUCAUUAAGAAAAGAUUUGGAGGAGAAAAAGACAUUUUCUAAUUUUGGUGUGAGUCCGACAUUCCAGAAUUAUGUUGCAAAAAAGCUGGACGAAAUUAUAGAGAAAUCUAUUAAAGUAAAGAAGAAAAACAUAAACAGUAUUAUAAAUGAAAAAAAAGAAAAGGACAACAUUUAUGGCAUAAAGUUACUCAAUUCUUCUGUACAGUUUUUAACAACUGAAGAAAAAAAUGAAAAGCCUCAAAAGAAAAGGAAAAUUAAAGCGACUAUAGAUGAGAAAACAAAUUUCUCAAAAUGUAAAAUAGUAGCUGUAGAUCCUGAACGAAUAUUAUCAAAAAUAGAUACUGAAGCUUGGACAAGUAAGAGGAAAGAACCUGAAUUCAAUUACAAGAAACUGAAAAAUGGUACUCUAGUUGAAAAAACCUAGUUACAG